AGAAUUGUUUCAGAAAAAGGCCCAAAAAAACAGAUAGCACUGACCAAAAUAUAGAUUCCAAUACCAUAGAUAAAAAGAUGGAUAGCAUAGCCAAAAGAUGGAAAGUUCUCAGCGGCAAUUACGACUGGGAUGGUCUAUUGGAUCCCCUGGAUUACGAUCUUCGUCGAUACAUCAUUCACUAUGGAGAAAUGGCUCAAGCAACUUACGAUUCCUUCAAUGCAGAGAAGGCAUCAAGGUAUGCAGGAAGUUGCCUCUAUGCAAAGAAAGAUCUUUCCGCUAAGGUUGGCCUUCAGAAUGGCAAUCCCUUCAAGUAUCGUGUGACAAAAUACUUGUACGCGACAUCAUCUAUCCAACUUCCUGAUGCUUUUAUCGUAAAAUCGUUCUCAAGAGAGGCAUGGAGCAAGGAAUCGAAUUGGAUGGGUUACGUCGCUGUGGCGACAGAUGAAGGAAAGGUUGCAUUAGGAAGAAGGGAUAUUGUGAUUGCUUGGAGAGGAACGGUUAGGAGUUUGGAAUGGGUUAAUGAUCUUGAAUUUGUGUUAGUCUCAGCACCUAAGAUUUUCAGAGAAAAUGAUGACGAUCCUAAGGUGCACCAAGGUUGGUACUCCAUCUACACUACAGAUGAUUCAAGAUCACCUUUCAACAAGAUCAGUGCUAGAGACCAGGUUCUGGACGAGGUCAGGAGGUUGGUGGAGGAAUUCAAAGGUGAGGAAAUUAGUAUAACUGUAACAGGUCACAGCUUGGGUGCCGCGGUGGCGACACUAAACGCAGUCGACAUAGUUGCUAACGGAUUCAACAAAUCUGUACAAAAUCCAGGCAAGGCUUGUCCUGUCACAGCCUUCGUAUACGCGAGCCCUCGAGUUGGGGAUCAGGGCUUCGAAAAGGUGUUCUCUCAGCAACAAAAUCUUAAAGUACUACGUAUUCGUAAUUCUCUAGAUGUUGUUCCAAAUUAUCCAUUGCUAGGUUACGCCGAUGUUGGUGAACAGUUGGGAAUUGACACAACCAAAUCAAAGUACCUGAAAAGUCCUGGAAACUUGUCAUCUUGGCAUAGUCUGGAAUGCUACAUGCAUGGAAUUGCGGGAGCACAAGGGCUUCAAGGAGGAUUCAAGCUGGUGGUGAGUCGUGAUGUUGCACUUGUUAACAAGCAUAUGGAUGCUUUAAAGGAUGAACAUUGUGUACCGGUUUCUUGGUGGUGUAUUCAAAAUAAAGGCAUGGUUCAACAGUCGGAUGGAUCUUGGAAGCUGGAGGAUCACGAAGAUGAUGAUUUCUGAUCCAAAAAGGACAAAAAAAAAAAAAAGAAAAGAAAAAAUCAUCUUCAGUUCUUGAUUUCUAGUAUGAAAUUUAAUUACCUUAGGAUUAAAAUUAUAGUGAGACUGUGAGAGGCUGGCAAGGAUUGAUUCAUGUGGUAUGUGUACGUUAACAUUCCUUAUAGAUUCCUAGCUUUUUUCUAUUUUUUAAAAUAAGAUUUUACUAAAAGAGCUUUGGUAGA